AAGUUAAAUGUGGAAUAAGGGCGACUGGUAUUUGAAGCUAAAUCCUCACCCAUAAAUCUUUUUCUCAGUCCCCAUUCAGUCCGUUUUUAAAUUGGUUGAUUUAAGUUGGCGUGUGAGCUACCGUACCGUAAGAUGCUUUUCUGAGGAAUUAACGUCCUUCCUUUCUCCGACCUCCAAGCGGAUUUGUUGGAUACCGACGUGAUUACAUAACCUUUGUGUUAUAGAGCCCUGUAUGAAAAGGACAACGAUGGCCACUACUAGUCUACAGGCCUGUAUGUCAGUCCGUUUACAAUUUAAUGUGAUUUACUUUCUAUUUGAUUUGCAAGAUGACGUAGCCUUUGACCUGAUUCAGAACACGCGUCCAUGCUGCUGUCCCUGAUCUGUCUGUUCUACGUUAGUUGAUUCCAUUUGAGAUUGACGUCUUAACAUGUUGCGUGGACUAGGCAGCACGUAGAAUGUAGAAGUCACUGGUGCACUACACCAGGGGAGGUGUGCGCUGAGCACGAGUUGGAGGAGGUCUGUUUACACUGCGCUGAAGUUUCGACCGGGAAUGAGACGCUGCCUGGAUUCUAAACGCGAAGAUUUUGAUGCAAAUCAAAGGACAACUCAACACGCCAGGAGUAGGAUAAGCACUUUAAGCUACACGUAAACACUAGUGGGAAUCCAAGCGAUUGGAUGGUCUUUCAGCAUAUCGUUCUUUCACAAACAGAUUUCCAGGUAGAGUUACAGUAUGUCCAGAAACACAGACAUAGAGCGUGGGGGGGAUGAAGCCCCAGGGCGAAAGAAGUCCCGUUUUAAAGCCCUUAAGUCUCGACUGUUUGGAAGACUGAAGAGGAAGGACACUGAUGGCCUGAUGAAGCAGAGUCAGUCUACCAGUGACGUCACCGCGCCAGAGGCAGUCAGGGGAGGCUACGACUCGGAGGAGGACUUUCUGUAUCCCAAAGGGACGUUAAGCUCCAGAGCCUUGUCCCACGACAGUAUCUUCUUGGCUGACCAGGCUCAGAGCUCCUCAGAGCCCACCCGUGUGCUGUCACAGGAGAACGUCCACAGCAAAAUCAAAACCUUACAGCUGAAACUGCAGCAGCAGAACUUCCGUCUGGGCCCUCCCCCACUGCUGAUUACCAGUAAGCGGCUGGAGGAUUCUGGGACAACCUCAGAUGAUGAUGGCUUACCACACAGCCCGCCAGAAAUGUCCUUCCAAGAUGGAGGAAGACAUGUUUCAUCCUAUAAGUUUCCAGACACCUUGAGAAACCGCAGCUCUCUUAGUCUGGCUGGGACUGGAAGUGAAGAGGAAGAGCAGUUUUGGUCUCAGCCUCCUUCCAGGCCUCUCUCUCCCCUGCCCCACCCAUCCAUGAGACCCAGCAGCCCCACACAGGCUGCUACAUCAACCCCAUCUCCACGCACUGACUUCAGCAGCCCCGCUGACUUCACUCCCAGCCUCGACACAUCAGCUGCUCGCCACCGCAUGUCUGUCAAACCCCAGAACCAAAGACCCAGGAACAAAUCAAAGAAGCAGAAUACAAGUGUGUACAGGCCUCGCUCCGAGAGCAUGCACGAUCUGUGUCAAGUCCUAUCUGAAGGAGAGGAGGAAGCGGUCGAAGGGUCGUUGUCACCUGAGGAGAGAGUGCGCUUUCGUUCCAAAUCCACUCAAAUUAUACUGACUCAAAGUGAUGACCUCCUUCUCCUGGAGCUCCAGACAGACAGAGAGCAUAACAUGUCCCCAGAGCCCCAAGAGGGAGACUUACUCAUGCCUGACCCAGUACAUCCACUAGAGGGAGACUUACUCAUGCCUGACCCAGAACAUCCACUCCCUAGAUCUAAUUCUACCCAUGUCAUCAGCGAGGAUGAAGACCCAGAACAGACCGAACCUGAGGUGUGCAUCACUUCCAACCCUCUUUAUCUUCAGCCCAUUCCUGGAGAAUGGCAACCCGAGCCCUCUGAUAGGACUCCACCCCCGGUGCUUCCGUCCACACUGACUAAACCUACAAUGACUGCAGAGUCUCUGGAGCAGUCUGUGACCACAGAACGUUCCAGAGAUGAGGAGCAGGAGAAGUGCCUGGAGGAACCUGAACAGCAGACAGAACCACACAAACAACUGGAGAGCACUGAAGGAAAGCCCCCUAGUGCCCCUCCUCCUGAGCUGGAGUCAGAGACUCUUCAGAAGGAGGAACAGAGUGUGACUGUGGCUGCAGAUGAACUGAGGCCCGCACAGGAUGCUGAGCGUGUGUCCUCUAGAGAGAAGAGGAAGAGCCUUGUCAGGGAAAUAAGCACACAACCGUUUCAUCAAGCUGACACUCCUACUAAAUGUCAACCUGUCGCAGCUCCUCGUGUUAGGAAGCCUGUGUCAGACCCCUCACACACUGCCUCCCUGAAAAGGAGAACAGAGUCUGCGGGUACUGAGAGAGAGAAAGAAGUCACAACACAACCUGAUGUGGUUCUCAGAGCGAGAGUGACCCCUGCAGGUCAGGAGAGCCAAAUGUCUAUGGACAAUGAGAAAUCUAGACCAAAUUCUGGGUCCUUCCAUUUUUCUAUAUCUUCAGCCCGACGGCGGGAAAGGAAUAUAACCAAUCCUGAGAAGGUAAGGAAACCUGUUGAACCAGUAGGUAUGGCUCCAUCAAACAGCAAAGACACAUCAGUGAAGCACAGAGACAAACUAGAAGAGAAAACAAAAGAAUCUCCACAGAAACAUCAGUUCGCUGCAGAGAAGAACAGAGACCAACUAGAGGAGAAAACCAAAGAAAUCCCACAGAAACAUCAGUUCGCUGCAGAGAAGCACAGAGACCAACUAGAGGAGAAAACCAAGGAAAUCCCACAGAAACAUCAGUUCGCUGCAGAGAAGAGAACCAGCUUGAGAAGAGAAAUUGUGCCAAACAGUCCUGUCACCAGAACAACGGAGGAAAAGACGGACGGACAUGUGAGGGAUGCCAAAGGCCUUGAAUCCCAGAGGAAGGCAGAUGCAGAGGAGGAGACGAGAAAUGCCUUUGGGGUGACCUUGCGCGCUACAUCCCUCUCUCUGAAGUACCGCUCUGAAGCAGCCCAGUUGGAGGGCAAACCCAAGCGUCACAGCCUGGAGGCCAGUUACAUGAGGGCCAUCUCUGAAGAUCUGGCAGACCAACACAUGGGAUCCCCUCAAUCUUCUAGAGAUAAGGGCAGCUCAACUAUGAGAGCAGAAACCACAAACAAGCCCUCUGUGCUGAGAAAGCACUCUUCCAUGAAUUCAGACUCUGGCCCCACUGCCACUGUGCCCUCUGGUCCAUCUGCUGAGGAUCUUACGAGUAAAGACACAACUGCCACGACCAGACGGCAGGAUAGAGGUUCCAGGUCAUCUCUGGAUUCAGCUGAGGCCCUGAACACUGAGACCACCUGGAAGAGUACCGCCUGGGAGAGAGUGAGGGAUCAGCAGCAGCAGCAGCAGCAGCAGCAGCUCACCACUCAACCAGCCUCUGAGGCAUCUGUGCCUGAGACUCCAACACCGGUGCAGCUCAGACCCCUACAGAAAACCGCCUCAGCACCGCCACCACCUAAGUCAGCGGCCAAACCAUCUACUCUAACACCAGCACCAAAGCCCACAGCCAGGGGACCUCCUGACAGACCUUUGGUCACCCGGGUGACAGACAGGACCGCAGUGGAGAGAAGAUGUGAUGGGGCAAACAUGGCUGAAGAGAAAAAACCCACUCUCAGCAGAAUGAAUGAUGGAGUCCCUUGUGGAGACCACCAGGCCAAAGAAAAUUUCAAACCAGAAGCAGGAUCCUGUGGCAGUUCCGGGUCGAAGUUGUCAUCAUUAUCCCUACAACAGUCGGCCAGGAGUCAGCCAUCUUGGAUGGAACUUGCCAAGAGGAAGUCUUUAGCCUGGAAUGACAAGAGCUCGGACUGACAGAGGAUGCUGGAAGAUAUGAAAAAAAAAGACAAACUGGAACACAAAUGACAGAACCCUGAGCAGACUGUCCUGUGAUUGUCUCUAUAGUUCUUUUAACCUUCUUAUUUCCAUUUACCAGUUAUCAUACUUCCUAAACUGGACUCCAUUUCUAUACACAAUAAAUGAUGCCUUUGUAAAUCA